AUGGGGUGCGGGCUCCGGAAGCUGGACGACCCCGAGGACAGCAGCCCCGGGAAAAUCUUCUCCACCCUGAAGAGACCGCAAGUGGAAACAAAGGCAGAAGUUGCUUACGAGUACGUGCUGCUGGAUUUCACUCUGCAAGCGUCACCGAACCCGGAAGUCAUCAGGAUCCAUUCCCUCCCAGACAUAGUGACGAGGGUGGAGGAGUACUAUCUGAAAGGCUACAUCGUGGGGGCGAUCCACCCUGUCCUCCAGCCGGUGCGCCAGCGGAGGCACCUGCCCGCCAGCCACCUGUACCGGGUGGUGCUCUGGCGCCUGAAGUUCAGCCCGAAGCUCUCGGCAGCGCCCAGUGGACAGAGACGCCCCCGGCUGGUGAUUGAGGAAUGUCCUCUGACGUACGAGACGCAAGCAAACGACGUAGCAAAAGAACUGAUAGAAAAGGUCAAUGAAGCUUCCAAGCGAGGAAGGAGGUUUGUGGGGCUCCUCACCCAGCACUCUGCGCCCCUCUGCAACGGGACGGCCCUCCACGGAGACGGGGAGCCCGCCCUGCCCGGGCGCCACUCCCCCGAGGAGAACGGGCGACGCUGGAGCGAAGGCCCCCUCUGCGGGCAGCCCUGGGAGAGCGGGGCAGAGGCGGAAGCCCACCCGGACGGCGAGCCAUGCCCGCGGGAGCCCCACGGCAGCCCCGGGGCCACCGCCCCAGCCAAGGGAGAAGAUAACAAGUUGUAUAUCGUGUUCAACGUGUUUGAUGAUGACUCCACCGGCUGGGCCUACCAGGAGGGCGUCCUGUCCAUGAAGGUCACCAGGAAAGGGCCCGUCAUCAGCACGCUCGAUGCCGAUUGGUUGGAGCUAACGACGUUCUAUUAUAAGCAAGGCUUGUCUCUGAUCGACUCCUUUGUGUGCUGGGAGACACCGAAAGGCGACCACAUGCCGAAAGCGCUGGACGGGUUCUUCGUGUACGAGGAGGAGGGCUCCGGGGUGCCGGGGGCCGGCCGCGCCGGGAAGGACGCCAUCGUGGUGGAGCAGUGGACCGUCAUCGAGGGCUGCGAGAUCAAGACGGACUACGCGCCCCUGCUGCACACGCUGGCGGAGUUCGGGUGGCUCCUGACCAGCGUGCUGCCCACGCCGAUCCUGAGACAGGACAGCGAAGGGAAUUUGGCCACAAAGCAGGUGGUGUUUCUUCAGAGACCCGCCAUGUGGAAUGCGGCAGCUCAGACCCCAGAAAGGAAGGCCAGCCGGCACGUGAAAGGCGAGGACAGGCACAAAGCCAGCAGCAGGAGCAUCGGCCUGGACACGGCCACGUCCCAGCCCGCAGGGCAGGGCGCCCCGCCCGGGGGCAUCCCCCCUCCUUCCCGGGUGCCCUGGGUGCAGGGGCCCGCGCUGCCGGGGCUGGGCCUCCUGCGGGACCUGGACGACGGGCCGCUGGACCAGGAGGACGGGGUCACGCAGGUCACCUGUAUGUGA